GCUUUGACAGUCAUCGGUGUGAAGAGUGAAUGAAAUCAUAGGUCUGGAAUUAGGUUCUAACAUGUAACUAUGACUCGAUAUAUUUAACCCUCUACGAAAUAUACAAGAAUUACUAUAUAAUCCAGAUUAUUUACUCAUGUUAUGCAGAGUCGGUGAUAUUUUGUAGCUAUUUUUCUUUCCCAGAAGCUUUGUUAGUUAGUUAGUUAGAUAGUUGUGGAAAAUGUCGAAAGCUGGGGCUGAUCCUGGGUCAGUUGUCUCGGAUCCACAACAUUCCCAAAAGCUUUUAAGAUCCCUGCGUUCCUUCAGAGAAGAUGGGAGUUUUCAGGACGCAGUUUUGGUUUUGGAAGGUGAAGAAAUCUCGGUGCAGAAAAAUAUCCUAGCAGCCGCGAGUCCUUACAUCAGGACCAAGCUAAAUUACAACCCGCCCAAGGAGGAUGGAUCCACAUACAGAAUCGAGCUCCAGGGCAUCUCAAUGCCCAUCAUGAAGCAGAUCCUGGAUUACAUAUUCAGUGGAGAGAUCUCUCUGGGUGAGGACACAAUCCAGGAUGUGGUGCAGGCUGCUGACAUGCUGCUCCUCACUGACCUCAAGUCACUGUGCUGCCAGUUCCUGGAGAGCUGCAUCACCGCAGAGAACUGCAUCGGCAUCCGGCUUUUCUCCCUGCACUACUGCCUGCACCAUGUGCACCACGUGGCUACAGAGUACCUGCAGACGCACUUCAGGGAUGUGGUGGACACCGAGGAGUUCCGUGAGCUGCCACCCGAGCGCCUGUGUGAGCUGUUGGCCAUGGAGAAACUAAACGUGGGUAACGAGAAGUACGUGCUGGAGGCCGUGGUGCGCUGGCUCGGCUGCGACAUCGAGGCUCGUCGGGUGCACAUGAAGGAGGUGAUGUCUGCAGUGUGGGUACAGGGUCUGGAUCAGAGCUACCUGCAGGAGCAGAUGGUGGGAGACCCGCUGAUGAGGGAGGUGAUCGGUGAGUGCUGCGUGGAAUCGUUAAGAGGCGCAGUGCAGCAAGGAGAGGCAUUGCUCGCUGCCUUCAAGCCCCGGGGCUACUCCGAGUGCAUCGUCGUCGCAGGGGGUGAGGACCGGGCCACUCGGACACCGUCUGCGGUGACACGCUGCAUGUGCCCUCUUUAUGACCGAAACCGGCAGCUGUGGAUCGACCUGCAGCCCAUGAACGAGAGGCGAAUCGGUCACGGGUUGGUCACCGCCGAUGGCUGCCUUUUUGCGAUCGGAGGAAUGGAUGAAAACAAGACAGUGUUGAGUAGUGGAGAGAAAUACGACCCAGAGAAUAACACCUGGACACAUAUUCCCCCAAUGAACCAGGCGAGGCAGCACUUUUGUAUUGCUGAGAUGGAUGGAUUAAUCUAUGUGCUGGGUGGAGAGAAUGAAGACACUGAAGUCCUCCUCACCAUGGAAGUGUUUGACCCUCACCUUAAUAACUGGACAACCCAGACCAGCAUGACUACUGUCCGAAAGUUCGGUUGCUGCGCUGCAAUGAAGAAGAAGCUGUAUGUCAUGGGAGGAGGGUCUUACGGGAAAAUCUUCGACUCUGUGGAAUGUUACGACCCCAAGACUCAGCAAUGGACUACGCUCUGCCCUCUAAAGGAGAGAAGGUUUGGUGCCGUGGCGUGCGGUGUAGGUCAGGAGCUCUACGUGUUUGGAGGAGUGAGAAGCAGAGAUGCAGACAACCCCGAGUCCAGCCAAAUGACCAUCUGCAAGUCUGAGUUCUUCCAUGAUGAGUUGAAAAGAUGGGUGCUGCUGGAUGAUCAGAACCUGUGCAUACACACCACGUCGUCAUUCGUAUAUGGAGCCGUUCCCAUUGGGGCCAGUAUAUAUGUGGUAGGAGAACUGGACACGGGCACCAGUUAUGACUACGUGCGAGAGUUUCGGCGCAGUACAGGCACAUGGCACUCGACUCGCCCCCUCCUGCCCUCGGACCUGUGUAAGACCGGCUGCUCUGCUCUCCGCAUCGCUAACUGUAAGCUGUUCCGGCUGCAGCUGAAACAAGGCCUGUUCCGGAUCCGAGUGCCAUCCGUAUAACAUGCACAUCAAUGACCACAUAGUCAUCGUCUCUCUGCUUGCUGAUCGGUUCUUUUUUUUUUUUUUAAAUGUGUUUAAAAAAAAAGCACUUGUGGAAUCUCUGGAUAUGAGGAGAGGAUGCCUUCUUUAGAGAGCUGUGUAGGGACAUUUCGUCCACUCCGUGUCAUUUCUUCUUAAGGGAACUUGUCUUAUUGUCUGUCUUUUCUUUCACUUUAAGGGAUUCGAAUGUCAUUUUGAUAUGAAGCAGCUGCUUAAAACUGUUUUUAGAGCAGACCACAGGUUGUUACUGCCUUUUUACGCCAGCACUAACACAAACACCUUCGAAAUAUAGAUCACGAUGAUGAGGCAGCUUGACUGCCUUUAUUCUUCUUUCUUUUUUUUUAUUUAAUAAUUUAUAAUUGUCUUUCACUUGAAUAUACAGUUGAUGGGAACAGCUUUGGACCAUCAGGAGAAGAAUGAUGGGAACUCUGGUGUAUUUUUAGCCCAUGUUAAACACUGCUUUAGAUUUAGAUAAUAUGAGCUGUCAUGGCCGUGUGGUAUGAAGAUUAUUUGGGAGAAAGGGAUAGCAGUGUGCGUAUUUAACAACGUGGAGAACGUGUUUGUUUAACGUUAUUAAGCUUUGGAGUUAAAAUUCCGUCUAAUACACUACAGUAGGGCUUCGUCUUGCUACUUCUGUAUCAAAAACGGCAGUAGGAACUGUCUUUUUCUGUAUUGAUAACAUCACACUCAAGGAUUCUCACUGACGUUUAAUCAUCAUGUGUGUGCGUAUGUGUGUUUUGAGGGUGACCUUUGAACUGGCUUUCCAGUCACAGCAGACCGUUUUGGCAUCCAGCGAACCCAUUUGUUGUGUUGCGCGUCACAGCUGCUGCCGUCUAUUCUAAUCAUUACAGAGUGGCUUCUAGUGAAACUCGUCUAGUGUUCUAGUGAAUACCUCGAUGAUAGAACAUGUAAAGCAAACAUUCGGAUCUGCUUCAUUUUAGGUCGUCCUAAUAUAACUUUCGAUGAUCAGACAUGCUACGUACACGACAACUUUGUGAUUUCGUUGCAUUAGCCUAAGAAUAAACAUUUUUUACUACCGAAUUAAAAUCAAUUUGACUGUAUAUACAGUGUAAUAAUCACAUGUUUCAGGUACGAACAAUAACGCUGGAAGGCCCUGAUCAUGUAUUUGUUGACUGCAUCAGUUUGAAAGAAUUUAUUUAUUAUACACUUCUGUUUUUAACCUGACCCUCUGAUCUCCAUACAAAACACAACCAGACUUGAUUUGCAGACUAUCUACUCGAUAGUA